UUAUUGGAGUCAACCAGAUUUCCUUGAAAUUCCCGUCCUUAUUCUCGAGAUGUCACCUCGCCAGCCUUACUAGAGCUCCUGUUGUUCGCGUGAGUUUCCGUGUGGUAUUUUUGCUGAGCUUCUUGCUCCUAAGUUUCGCGUCGCGUCCCCAAAUAUGACGUCAGAAGCAUCAAGCGCAACGCUGAAAGCUUUCUUCCGUGAAGGUUCCACUGAGGAGCGUGGGAAUUCAGAUCCUGCCGCUUGUGCCCAUGGGAAUUUCGCAGGGGAUUCUCCAGGCGACGAUCAGGGGACAUCGGAAGAGAACUUGGAGGAAUACCAUGAUGUUCCUUUAGCGGAGGGGACUGUAACUGAAAACGCAAUAGGGGAUCUUGCAAGACGCGGUCCAGGAGCGACAGGACCGCCGAGACGCGACGACGCGAUGUCUCCUGGUGUGACUGAAAGUGCUGCUGUUUCCUAUCAGCCAAUCUUCUCUACGCCAACGCCAGCAGCAGCUACGCCGGAUGGAGUAGCAGCAGCAGCCAUGCCGAAUGUUAUUCCGAAUGGAGUACAUUCUGCCGCUCCUGGAUCAGGUUUCAUCCGGGCAGGUACACCUGCCACGUCAGCACCGCCAGCAUCAUCAUCAUCAGCAGCAGCAGCAGCAUUGCAACCAUCCCCACCCACUGCGAAUUCCUUAUCCCCGAUACUAGCUGCCGCGUUUUCACUAUUCCCUUCGUCGUCGUUUGCAGAAGAGCUCCCAUCGCCGCUAUCACCCCCGGAUCUGUCACCUCCGCUUUCCCCCUCCGCGCAGCCACAGGAGCAGCGGGAAGUGGGGCUGGAGGCACCAGGGGGGGUUAUUGGGGAAAACGGGGGAAGGGAAAGGGGAGCAGGCGCAGAAACGGGGGGAGGGGGAAGAGUGGGAGUCGUAGGGAGCGGGGAAGGGGGAAGGAAUGCGGGUGUAGAGGCGGGAGCGGGAAGAGGGGAGGCAGGGGGGGAGAUAUUGGAGGUUGAGUGGGGGUCAGGGGAGGCGGCGUCUGGGCAGGUGGCAUCCGGGCAUGUGUUUUGGUCGGCUGCAAUGGCAGCAACAGACCCCCUGGAGAGCGUUCAGUGUCCCAAUUCUGAUGUGGAGCAGGUCCGAGCAGUGGCUUCCAGCCUGCUUCCCGCCAUAGCAGCGGCCACAAUCGACCAACUCGAGAGCUCCAUGAGCCUCUUCUCCUCCCCGCCGUCGCCCUUGGAAGCAGCAGAGGCAGUCAAAGGCGAGCUCCUCACGUUCCUAGACUCUCGCACUAAGGGCCUUACUGCCGCCGCUGCCGCUGCUGCUGUUACUGCUCUUAAUGUAACUUCUGCUGCUGGUGUUACGGAGGCAAUGACUGGGGCAUGGCAUGGGCAUGGGGGGGGCCGAGGAGAGCGGGGAGAAGAAGAGGGUUCCGGAGGGGCAGGAGGAAGAGGAGGGGCUGUAGAGGGAGGACUGGAGGCUGCAACACACAUAACAAGCGGAGAAGCCUCGUCAUCAGCAGUGCGGGUGCAGCAGGGUGGAGAAGAGAAGGAGCCUUGUAACACCGUUGCAGUUACUGCCGUUCAGUCUCUUCUAGACGAGUUUGUCGCCCAACGCCAGAGCUUGCUGACUCGCUUCUCGUCGGCCUUCAGGCGGGCCGAGCACACCGAAGACAAGGUGGCAUCGCUGGCUCAGGAGCUGGAAGAGUCUGAACUGCUUGACAAGGCUUUAAGAAUCAAUCUUGCGCAAUCGCUCAUUCGCCGCGUUGAUGCUGCGGGCACCGCGCACUGUACGGCGCAGUUCGGCACCGUGGCAGGGUUAGAAUCGCACCGACGCCAGUGCCCGUUCGAUGAAGUCCCGUGUGCGAACACGCCCUGCUGGGAGCGGGUGUCGCGCUACAGGAUGCCCAUACACGAUAAAAGAUGCCCCCUUAAGAUGCUUCCGUGCAGGCAGGGGUGUAGGCUAAAGAUAGCACGAGCCGGUAUGGAGAGGCACUGUGCCACUGACUGUGGGAUGAAGUCGGUUUCGUGCCCGUACGCGCCCAUGGGGUGCUCUCUGCCUCUGCUGCAGAAGGACGUGGCGAGGCACUGCAGGGAACGGGUGGAAGGGCACCUGCGGGCGGCGUGCCAGCUGGUGGUGGAGAUGCGGCAGGAGGGGCAGGUGAUGGAGAGAAGGCUUGACAUGUUGGAAAAGUCUAUAUCCCUUACAGAGAGACUAGGGAAGGUGGAGCAUGAGGCGUUGCGGAAGGAGCUUCAAGCAUCAAACAAGAAAGUCACGUCGUUGGAGCAAGAAUUGAGUAGGGUGCGUGCAGAAGCUAGAGGCGCCACAUCCCUGAAGAAGGAGUUGGUUAUGCUACAAGAGCAGUUGAAAAAGAUGCAACCUUCUAUGAGGAGAACAGGGUGGUGAAAUACUUGUGAGGAACUUAUCUGUAUAUAUGAUGGUGUUUUGUCAUUCU